GUGGUUAGACGUUUACACUGCAUGAGGUAUACGUUGCCUCAGUUCUUCCUCUUAGUUGUUUGUCUAAUUUACGGCGAAAUUCUACAGCCAUAUAUUUCAUUGAAAGAAUGGAAAACACCUGAAAUCAAGUUAGCCCGAAUUUCAUCUUUUGAAAUGUUUCAGGCCAAGUGAAGAUGAAGUGAGACUACUGCUCGUGGCUGACUCUCAUGUUGAAGGAUACCACUCAAAAUUAUACCUUUUAAAUGAGAUAUUACAAACUGACAGUGACGAGUAGGUCAAUAGUUAUUUGAGAUAUCCCAGUUAUCUUCGUUUCUAUUUCUUAAAAGCUGUGCAGUUUACUAAUCCAGAUGGUGUUAUUUUUCUUGGAGAUCUUCUUGACGCAGGGGAUACUUCAGCUGAUUCAGAUUUCUUACCCUCCAUGUCACGCUUCCGUGAUAUAUUUCUUUCCGAGAAGGAUUUAUUUACUUUUCUAGUACCUGGAGACAAUGAUGUCGGUGGAGAAGGUGUCUCCGUGACAGAUGCACGAUUGAGUCGUUUCUACGGUAGCUUUCCUGCCAAAUCUACGCAACAAAAGUGUAAAUUCGUCAACUUUUAUUCAGAUAAUAUGCCUUCUGGAAAGAACAUUGAUAUUCAAAGUGAAAAAUCCCCCGAAGAAAUCAAUGUGUUUAUAAGUCAUUUUCCAGUAGCCACUCAAUAUCAUACUUGGUUUCCUAUUAAGUUGCUACAAUCCAGUGCUUCUUUGUGUAUUCACGGUCAUCUUCAUAGAAGUCAGGUCAUUCACUGGAAAAACUCUAAAGGAUCAGAAAAUUCAGAAGCAAACGUUUCAUUUCUGCAAGCUGCUAACUUCAUCAGAACACCUAGAGAGCCAUUACACUUCAAAUUAACUGACAGUGUACAUUAUGUGAAAUUCAGCAGUGAGCCAACGCUUGUCGAGACUUUAAAGGCAUAUGGUGAACUGAUUUCCAUUGGUGUACCAUCAUGUACAUAUCGUUCAGGUUUCCCUCAUUUAAAUGGUAUUGGUUUACUACAAAUAUACAGGAAUAAAUCUGUUACAUACUCUGUAUUGCCAUUAUAUAACCGGUAUUACACAUUAUUUUUCUAUGCCUUAUUGACUACAACACUCAUAGGACUACAGUUUAUUUCAUAUAGCGUUGUUCUUAUAUUCAAGUUAAGAUUUAGGCGAAAUAUGUUUAUCAUGACAGCAUCUACUCUGCUUGUAUUCAUUAUCUAUUUUGAGUGCGAUUAUUUCAUUGAUGUUGGGAAAUUAUUUUGAGAUAUUUAUUUUGUUUCAAUGAAACAAAACUAGUUAAACUAUUGCAUUAUACAUACUUGUUAUUAUAUGAAUUUCGAUCUCUUGGUAUUUUUCUUACACUCAGGUUUCCUUUUUGUAUCACUAUGUACUAUGUUGCUUACAAUUACUCUGUCUUUUCCAGU